GCCGCUCAUCUGGACCUCCUGCAGCCACAGGCAGGUAAGACCUGCGAGCCAUGAGUCUCGCUCUGCCGGGGGACUCAACACUGGCCGAGAGCCUGCGACCCUCCGGCUGGUCCAGAGACGUUCCCUCAGCUGCGCCGGCAGGACCAGAGCUCCUGAGGGUUUGGCUGACGCAAGCGAGCUCCUCUCCUCUGGAGAGCUGAGGGGGUGGAGUCAAGAGGGAAGAAAGGUGUCACUGUUCCACAGCUCCUCACUGCCUCAGUGAGACCUCCGUCCCGAGCCUGUGAGCAGCACCGCUCCCUGCUCCUCCUCCGCUGCCUCUUGGGUCCUGGGCCACCUCCUGCCGUGAUGGGGGACUGGAGCCUCCUGGGGAACUUCCUGGAGGAAGUCCAGGAGCACUCGACCUCCGUGGGGAAGGUGUGGCUGACGGUGCUCUUCAUCUUCCGGAUCCUGGUCCUGGGCACGGCGGCCGAGUCGUCCUGGGGCGACGAGCAGAGCGACUUCCUGUGCGACACGCAGCAGCCCGGCUGCACCAACGUCUGCUACGACAGCGCCUUCCCCAUCGCCCACAUCCGCUACUGGGUGCUGCAGAUCGUCUUCGUGUCCACGCCCUCGCUCAUCUACAUGGGUCACGCCAUGCACAUCGUGCGGCGCGAGGAGAAGCGGCGGAAGCGAGAGCAGGAGGAGCAGGAGGAGAGCGCCGGCGAGCUGGAGGGGGAGAAGCAGUACCUGCAGCAGAGGGAGGGCCAGAAGCGGGUGCGAGCAGAGGCGGGGGGGCGGCUCCACCUGAGGGGCGCCCUGCUGCAGACCUACGUCCUGAGCAUCGUGAUCCGCACCGCCAUGGAGGUGACCUUCAUCCUGGUGCAGUACAUGAUCUACGGCGUCUUCCUCAAGGCGCUGUACCUGUGCACGGCGUGGCCCUGCCCCAACCCCGUCAACUGCUACAUGUCCCGACCCACCGAGAAGAACGUCUUCAUCGUCUUCAUGCUGGUGGUGGCCGGCGUGUCGCUGCUGCUGUCGCUGCUGGAGCUCUACCACCUGGGCUGGAGGAGCACGAGGCGCUGCCUGCGGCGCCGAGUGCUGCGCCGCGGCGGCCGGCGGGCCCUCAGCAUGGCGCCGCCGCCGCCACCCUCCGCCGCCUGCACGCCGCCGCCCGACUUCAGCCAGUGUCUGUCCGCUCCCAACGCCAUCAGUGCCAUGACCUCGAUGGCCUCGCACCCCUUCAACACCAGGAUGGCCCUGCAGCAGAACUCCCUCAACCUGGCCACGGAGCGGCACCACAGCUGCGACAACCUGGAGGACGAGGAGGACUUCCUGCGGAUGAGAUACGAUCAGCUGCCACCAGACGUGGCCGAGACCUGCUCGCCCUCGCCUCACGCCGCCCACACGAAGGACAAGCGCCGCCUCAGCAAGGCCAGCGGGAGCAGCAGCCGGAUCCGGCAGGACGACCUGGCGGUCUGAGGGGGGCCUCGUCCCGAACCUGUGCCUGAAGGGGCGCGGGGAGAGCAGAGUCACGGCCUGACUUCAGGGAGGAGAGAAGGUGCGGCUCAAAGUGCCUUCAGAAGAACAUUGGUCCCGGAGCGUGAAACUGCACCUUCCAGGAGACGCAGCCGGGAGUGUGACGCCACGGGGACAGCGGGAGGGGGUCCCGUGGUCUUCUUGGGUUUGGCCACUAGGUGGCGGUAUUGCACUUCUUAGUCUUGAAAUGAGGUUUUUGUUUUGUAUGAUUAUGUCAGAGGUUUUUUCGUCCUGAUCAAAUCAAAGCGACCGUUGAUGCCUUUGACUCUGUGUCCUGCCAUGACAGCUGUCCAUCAAAUAAAGCGCCGCCCCGCUGCUGUGUCACGUGUCUGUCUGUCACCCAGCAGUGGACAGGGGUCAGGCGAGAGAGGCUCGUCACAGUCGCCGUAACUUUCUUGACGUGUUCACAGAGACGCCGCUGUUGAAUAACGAAACACUGAACAAAGAUUUGUGCUGCCGUCAAGUUUCCCGCUCCGUGUUGACGUCACACCGCGACCGGACACGCAGGCUGCUUCUUUCUGCCCUCAGACCCGAGGUCACCCCUCCAGAGGUGACCCUCCACCCUCUCUGGGUGACGCCAGGCACCACGCUGGCGACCACUGGCGAUGACGUCAUUCAACCACACGGCUCGAAACGCAUCCCUGGGCCGAUGGUGACGAAGCAGCGUGAGCAACUUUAAACCGGGCGCAUGGAUCCACUGUCAUAAACGGACGUCACGCAGUAGCCGGUGCACUGUAGCGACCAUGGGACUCUUAAAGCAACAGUAGCGUAAACAUAAAA